AUGGUGAUGAUGAGACCUUCCUGUGUCAGGUGGUGGUUGCUGCCUUUCUUCUGCACGGGCUGUGUGGCCUUGGUUCGAUCGGCAGAUGCCUCGGCAGCCGCUGAGCUGAGCGAUGGCGCAAGUGCACGAUUGAAGGACGCUGAGGUGGAUCCCUACGAUGCGGAGGAUUAUGAACACCAGUACAACGAGCCAGCGCCCAUCACCUUAGAUGGCUGUGUAGCAUGGUUUAAGGCUGAAGAAGCUGCAAUGCCAUGGCCCAGUGUGGUUGGAUCGCACGAGGGCAAGGUGGUGGGUAACAAGGCCGAAGCAUCUUUGGAGGUGGGUCACGGUGCCAAGCAGAACGUGAAGUUCCUCCGCGGCGAUGAGAAAACGAGAUUCGACUUCGGGGAGGUUCUAGCUGAGACCUACACCAUUUGCUCCGUGACGCGUUACACUGGAGAACCCUAUGGCCGCAUUCUGCAGGGUUCUCAAGAGAAUUGGCUCCAUGGUCAAUCCAAGAAGAACACAGGCGUUUCGUGUGCUGCUCAGGAAACACCGGAUAAUCUCGACCGUGAGGAUUGGGUCGUUGUUUGUGCCAGCAGUGAUGAUUCAGAUGCCUUAGUCAAUGGAGAGAAGGUGAGCCAGAAACAUUGCGGAAAUGUCAAGGUGAAGCAAAACUUGGUCAUCAACCAUGGCAGCAAAUGGAAGGAGGUGUCCUCCUGGGCUGUUAUGGAGGUGAUCGUGUGGAACAAGGUCCUGGAUGCUGGAAACAUGACGCAAGCCUCCAACUAUUUGCUGUCCAAACUUGCCGCGGGAGUCAAUGAGGACUACAAGAUCACUGCGCCGCAUGGCAACUGCAAUGGACGUCGCGUUCAAGUGCAACUGCAGCUUUCGCCUGAGGGCUGGAGACACAAUGCUGAUGGAGGAGACCCCAGCGACAAAAGUUCUUACCCUGCAUCAGGCGAGGCAUUUGGCGCGGUGAAGAUUUUGGACGACUCCUUUCAAGUUGUGAGCGAAAAAGGACCUGAUGAGCUGUCGCCCUGGGCUCAUUCCUCGCUGCGGGGCAAGGCCUUUGUGCUGAUGGGAAAUCACCAGGGCCCUCAGACGCUCUCCUUCUUUGCGAUUGAUCGGAACCUGACGGUACGUGUUUGGGUGAACGGCACUGAGUUCAAGGAUGUGGAAUUAGCCCAUGGGACCUCUGGCUACGUGCGAGGCCAAUUCCGAUUUGCGCGGAUUUUGGCCAUGGGGACCAGCAAUUUUCUGAUGUUUAUGAGUGGAGAAGAUCAGAAGUUCAGCAGCCCAGUGGCACCUGCAGCAAAGACCAUCUACGGCUCCUGCGCGGGAGACUGGCAUGUGACCAGCUUAAAGGGGAAUGCAACCAGCAUCAAGCAGGAAUGCUCUGAUGGCACCUCCAAUAUCUACGAAGCCAGCACGGUGAAUUGGAAGAGCCACAAUGCCAUCCGUGGGACGUCAUCCAGUUCGCUUCUGGCGGCAGAUGCAGUGCCAGGAUGGUACAAAAGCACGGAGGUGUACAAGACCUGCAAUGCGACUUGCGCAGCUGCUGAUUUGGUUUGUUCAACUGACAGCUCGCUCUUGAGCUCAUCUGGAAAGAUGAAGGUAGCCAUGACUGCACUGGAAGAGACAUGCUCAACAGUUGAGGAUCCACAGAACGGCACUAAAGCUGGCACUUUUCGAAUGGGUGACGAGGGCAUCAUUUGCAGCCCUGCCAAUGCGAAGACUCCUUUGAAUUGCCAUUUGGAAGCCCCUGCAGAUGCCACCCGAAUUUGCUUCUGCAAGGGUGAAGAUGACGUCUACAAGUUGGCACCCAAAGGCAGCAACGUGUGUCCUGACCAGUAUCGCGCUAUCGAGUCAGCGAAGGAUUGUGAAGACGCUGCUAAAGCUGGAAUGCAGGGCCUUCCUCCGCCCAGCAAAUGGGAGAAGAAUGAUCCAAACAACCAAGGAUCUCCCUCGAGUUGCUUCAAGGACUUGGAAACUGGCAAGGUGCGUUUCAACUCUAUCUCAAUGCGGGGAUUUGAAGAGUUGGAUUCCUGGCAAACAGCAGAUCAUCGAAAGAUUUGCAAGAAGGCCUUCAGUGGUCCUGAAGCUGAACCCUCCUGCAAGUUCACCGCCUUAGAAGAUCAGGUCUUUUUGGGUGGCGUCUCCUACGACAAGGAUGGUGGAAGCAGCGCCAUCACCUUCAUGCCGCCAGGGGUUUUCCAGAUGGAAACCAAGAUGCCCUUUGGCAUUACAGAGAUCAAACUCAUCAGUGACAAGAAUGCCACCUGCAAGAUCAAGGGCAAGAACUACAAGCUGUAUGGCAACCUUGGCGUUUUUUCCUUGAGACUCAAGGAUCGAAAUCUGCAGGCAAUGGAUCUUAUCGCCUGCAAUCAGAAUGUCAUGGCCGUGGGCUUCAAGAAUAUCUCCACAGAGCCGGACGUGUCCACAGAACCCCGCCUUAAUCUGCUGGGAGCCACUGCCUGCCAUGCCGCCUACAUGCGUGGUGUGGGGGGCCUGGUCUUGGACAAUGUGCUGCAUUGGGAGCCCGGCUUUGUGUUUGUGAAGACCUUGGAAAAGAACGAGCUUGAUAAUGUGGCCACCAUCUCCAAGGAGGAGUUUGAUCUCCUGGUGGAGCCCUACAACAAAUAUCCGGUGGUGAAGAGAAUUUGCCCCUCCUGUGCAGCCACUCACACAGAAAUCGUUUAUCGCCGCUACACAGCCCUGAGUGGUUUCUCUCCAUAUGAGUCGAUGGCAUGCUCUUGGGGUGAAGAUACGAAGAAUGUGGAGGGCAAAGACCUUCAAGCUCUUCAGCAAUCUAAACGAUGCCUUCGGGGACGGGGGGGUCCUGGGGAGUCGCUGGGGAGUCGAGUGGUGAGUCGGAGCAACCCCAGUGUCAAAUUUGCAACAGCUGCGGUUUUGGAGUUGGAAAUAGUUGGAACCACCGGCAAAUAUGCUGCUCUGCAGCCAAUGGGAAACCCCAAAAGGCCCUGCGGAGAUUUGUGGCGUCAGGAUACAAAGAAGUGGUCCGUUUGUAGCUACAACAGCUCAAGGGGCUUCCCCGGUGAAUGUGGCCCUACCAGCUUGGUAAGCGAGCAGUGGAACAGCAUUCCAGUGAAUGCGGGAGUAGAUGCAGGCAGUUCUGACGGCAAGUGCACCACUGAUGUGGGUGGUCGUGCGGCGAGCUUCUACAAUUUCUUGCCCAUUGUUCCACAGAAGUUCAGGCUCGGCCUCUCAGUGGAUCAAGAUGGAAAGAUCACCAGCCUGGGCGAGGUCGAGUUCAAUCGACGCUUCCAGCAGAGCAGGUAUCAUAUCAUCUUGCGGACGUGCCAGAGUUGUAGGAAGAGCCACAGGCACAUCUUCUAUCGUCGCCUCACCAGCACCGACACCUACGAGCCCUUCAAGUCCCUUGCGUGCGACUGGCAGUCCGCUGCCGACAACAUCUUCUUGGUGGAUUUCAAGCUCUACAGCGAUCUUCAGGAUGCACUGGCAGACAACAAUCCCUGGGACUUCUGUGGCUUUGAUGGCUCCGGCUUUCCAGGCAGUUGCAGCUCUGAAGGGAAGGCACGGACAGGGCAGGCCAACUACAUCCCAGUGACUGGCUGUGAAGCCAACGUGACUGGCAACAACGUGACUGGCAAGGCCGUGACCUUUGAGCUCUUUGAGGAUGAAGAGAUGGAGGUGGAAGAGCUCCAAGCAGAGGCGGAGGAAGAAACGGAGGAGGUCAGAGACGCGGUACUGCCCUCGGGUACCGUGGCGGCUGAGGGCCUAACAGCCUGGUUCAGGAGCGAGGACGCAGGUCCAACUUGGAAGAGCUCUGUGGGAUCCUUCAAGGCGGAAGUGAACAACGGGCUUGUGCGCUCGGGCAUGCGGCACUAUGGGGCUGAGAUGAAACACAUCUAUGGCGACAGCCAAGCCAGCUUCGGCUUUGGCGACAUCCUCCCCAGCACCUACACGAUUUGCUCCCUGAGCGCCUACACGGGCAUUGCACAGGGAAAAAUCCUCCGGGCAGAGGAGUGGUGGCACGGCCAUGCCAACGGCAUGGCGGGCAGCGUCUUCUAUGGAGGGAAGUGGGUCAGGAACGAAGAAACUCUGAAUGGAACUCGGAGUUGGAUAGCUCUUUGCGCCUCCAAUCAGCAGGAUUACGUCUUCUUGGAUGGUGUGCAGCGGGCUGCCAACUUUGUGGGAGUUGGUGGACAUAGUUUGGUUGGAAUCAACGAUGGACCCAGAAAGGAGCAUUCCGACUGGGCCCUUGCCGAAGUCAUCACCUGGGAUCGUGUCCUGACCCGUACUGAGAUGGUGGAGGUGCAGAAUUACCUCAGAGCCAAAGCCAAGGUUUGUCAACCAGAGCAAGCUGCACAGUGCGAUAGUGCACCUUGCGUGUCUUUGUUUGUCGGCCCCAACAAACACAACGUCAUCUUCCGCAACGCAGAUGGCACGGCCACAGUCAAAACCUACCUGGGAGCAGAGAUUCCUUGCAUUUGCAAAGGUCAUUGCUUGGGCCUGGUGGGUUCCUGGCGAUGUGAUGGCGGACCCUAUGGAGGGUACUACACCAUCACUCCUGGCUAUGCCGAUGACUGGACGCCUGAAACCAACCGGGACAGCAUUCUCUUAUGUACGGUUGCAAGGCCCAUCUGGAGGAAGAAGGGCGAGUUCAGCAGCAUGGCACUGGAAGUUGGCAAUGCGAAGACCAUGCUGCAGGAGACCUCAUUUUCUUUGACUGCCACAGUCCGUCGAGACAGUGGCGGUGGUCCACUGACUCUCUUCAGCUCUGGUCAUGACACCUCAAUCCCCUCAGUGGACUUGCGAGUGGUCAGCAAGUCGGACUUGACCUUUUCCUUUUCAUUCAGUGGUAAGAGCUGCGAGACUGCUGUGACCGAAGGGAGCCGGGAAGGCGAGUGGCAGCACCUGGCCUUUGUCUAUGACUGGGAGAAGUGCCUUGGUGAAGCAACUCGUGAUCUUCCAGGUGAGGAUCCAGGGGUGGAGAACAUUAUGAUGAUGAUGAUUAUUAUUUAUUUUUUUUUAUUUAUUUUUUUUAAAUGUAAAUAUAUGUCUAUAUAUAAAUGUAUGUAUAUAUAUAUAUACAAUGUAUUUAUUAUAUAUUCGAUUAUAUUCGUAUAUAUAGUUAUUAAUUAUGUGUAA